AUGUCCACAACACCGCAGGAGACCAAGCCCCAGGCGAAGGCCCAAGCGAAGAAGGCCAAGGCUAAGCCGCAGACCGAAAAGCAGGCGCCCAAGGCCGCGCCGGCAGCGAAGGAAGCGUCCAAGACCAAGGAAGCGUCCAAGCCCAAGGAAGCGUCCAAGCCCAAGGAAGCGUCGAAGGCCAAGUUUAACAAGUCCAAGCGGCCUGCUCAGGAGCAGCCCAAGGGUAGCAAGCCGUCGGGCCAGUUCAACGCAGGCAACCAGAGCAAGGGACCGCACGCAGGCAAGAAGAACGAGCAAACCAAGCCGUUCCAGAAGCGCAAGGCGACGGAUGGCGCACAAGGUGGUCCGCCAACGAAGAAGCCGAUGAUGAAGAAGCAAAAGGAUAACCCGGAGACGGUCAAGCUCAACAAGGAGCUCGCGCAGUUUGCGAGCCGGAAGCAAUUUGCCGAGGCCAACGACGUGUACGACCGCGCGCGCGCCGCCAAGCUCGCCAACUCGUACACGUACGUCAACAUGAUGAACGUGUGCGUGCGCUGCGGCGAAAUGGACGCCGCCGUCGGUGUCUUUAACGCGAUGAAGACGGCCAAGAUCGAGCCCGACGUCGUGGCCUACACGACGCUGCUCAAAGGUCUCUGCGGCGAAGGAAAGCUCUCGACGGCGCUCACGUAUGUCAAGGAGAUGGAGACCAAGCGCGUGCUUUUGAAUGUCCGCACGGUCAACACGCUUCUCCGCGGCUGCAUCCUAGUCGGCGCGGUCGCGGACGCCGAAAAGAUCUUCGACGACAUGCCCAAGUGGAAGGUGGUCCCGGAUGUGUCGACGUGGGAGUACAUGAUCGCUCUCUGCUGCCGUAACCUCCAGCUCAAGAAGGCGCUGUCGCUUUUUGGGAAGGGUCUUGUCGCGCUCGGUACCGAAAUGUCGACCAACCCGAACGUCCUCUUGAGCAUUGCGCGCGCGGCCACGAUCCUCGGCGAUUGGACGAACGCGCAAAACGGCCCGCCGCAGCAAACCGGUGGCGACUCGUCGCAAGCCAAGCACCUCUUGACCCAAGGCUUCUUGACCGACUGCGCGCGCUUGCUCAAGCCCAACGGCCGGCUCACGAUCGUGACCGACAACAAGUGGUAUGCGCAGAUGCUGCUCAAGAUCGUCGCGCGCGUGCACGGCGUCAAGGGCGUCGUUCUCAAGAAGGCCACUGUCCUCGAGACGACAAGUGGGUCUUUUCACUUGUACAUGGGCGACCCUCCGAAAGAGUGCGGCGUCGCCGACACGAAAUCGUCGUCGUACUUUGACCGGCUCGCCAAACAGGAUAGCCGCCGCGCCAGCCAAGGCACCCACUACAUUUCCGUCUACAAGACGGCUUAA